GUCACUACCCGUGAAAAACAUGGCAGCGUACACAUGAAAGUCAUGCUACUAGUUUAUGGUAAAUUCAUGUAAUUUCAUUACAAUUUCCUUUCUCGUUUAAUCUGCGGUUUUUGUACCCGAUUUUAAUAAUAUACCACAAGAACUCUUAACAUAUACAUCGUGGACAUAGAUUGUUUCAAGCAGCCCAAGUAAUUUACAUUUCUUGGCUACAAAACUAGCUUGCUAGCAUUAGCCUUUCUGACAGCCUUGCCAUGGAAUCUGAGCAACAACAGCUACGGAAUCUUCGGGACUUUCUCAUGGUCUACAACCGCAUGACAGAGAUUUGUUUCCAGCGAUGUUCCAGCAAUUUCAACUACAGAAGCCUCACUAUGGACGAGGAGCGCUGUGCGGACAACUGUGCAGGAAAGCUGAUCCGCUCCAACCAUCGCUUGAUGGGCACUUACGUUCAGCUGAUGCCCAAAAUGGUUCAGCGCCGCAUGGAGGAGAUGGAGAGCAAGGCUGCGGAGGCAGCCAGGGCAGUGGAAGCAGCCGGGGCCUCAGAGGAGGCUGGGGCUGGUGCUCUUCCAGGGGGGUCUGCUGUAGCGGAAUCUCCACUUCCCUUAGUACCAACAGAAACACCCCAGAUGAUCUCCUCAGCGUUGAGUGGAGCAGGAGAUUUCACAGGCCUCCAGACCACUACAACAGGACUUUCAGCUGAUGUCCCUGUCAUGCAGAGCCCAGGCCCUGUCCUAGGUGACAUUCUAGGGACAGCAGAGGUACCGCCGAUGUCCACCCCGGUCCUAAACUCAGAGUGGUUAGAGUCCCCUGCUGACCUUGCUCCUAUAUCCUCUGUUUCAAUUGCUGCUCCUCCCAUGCAAGAUGGCAAAAUGGCCAUCGCUAUGCCCGCCAUCACCCCAGCAGCAGCGCCUCUCUCCUCACUAUCCGAAGCUGUGAGCGGAACUGCUUUUACCGUAGUCCCACCUUUAGAGUCUCCCUCUAUUGUAAGUGGGCUCACAACUACAAAUGGAGGUGUGUCGGCCCCUAUUGUGCCAGGAAACUCUUCACUGGUAAUAUCAGUUCCACCCACGAUGACACCGGCAGCAACAGCGAUACCAGUAGAGGUUACAUCAGUCGCUAGUUCUGGGCUGCGUGAUAUCCCACAUGCUCCAGCAGCCCCAGGGGUUCCUGCCGUAUUUGCCCCAGUAAUGGCACCCAACCCGGGCCUGCCCGAAGGGGUCAUGUCUGCGCCUGUCCUGGCUCCUUCUGGAGCCCCUUCACAGAUGGUUAGCAUCCCAGUUACCAACGGUAGCGACGUGUCCAUCUCCCCCAGUAUAGAAUCAUCCACUGUGACCAAACAGGACUCUCCGCCCCCUUCUUGAGUGAAUGAGCAGAUUAGUAUGGUAAGUAAGCGUGGGGCUGGUUAAAGAAGGGGUAUCAGGCCUGGUCAAUAUGUUUCAGCUGUUACCCCAACUUAUAACCUUUUUUAAGAUGGAGCAACUGUCCAUUAAUGACUAUAAUGAGGAGAUGACAAAUACCAUGUUCAUGUCUAUGCCAUGUUACUGUACAUAGUAUAGCCAUCUACUGUGUUGGAUGACCAGAAGUUUUUUUUUCUCAAAUAAGAAUAAAAUAUUAUUCU